CCCUGAUGAUCGGUGGCUGGGUUAAUUGAGGGCCGUGAGAAGCGGCUUGUGAUUCUCUAGAGGCACGCACACACGUACGCACGUACGAACGAUUGCCACGUUGUGCACGUCAGCCGGGAGCUGUCCGGUCCGGAUUACAUCUUUUGCCCACGUGGCGAUCUCGGCGGCUGGGAGUGGUACACGUGGUCGGCUCUCCUAGAGGCGGCGAUGGCGGCGGCGCAAUCUCCCAAAGCGGCGCAGCUGCUGGGGAGGCUGGCGCGUCUCGCAGCAGCGCUCGGUGUAGCUGGCAGCAUGGCCCAAGCUUCUCUCUACACUGAUCUGCAGAUGGUGAAUCUGACGCUCAGAGUGCUCUCAAAGCCGGAUAUGCAAAUGCUACCUCACAUUUUCCAGCAUCUCGGUAUCGACUACGAUGAGAGAGUGUUGCCUUCAAUCGGGAACGAAGUGCUCAAGGCUGUUGUGGCGCAAUUCAACGCCGACCAACUUCUCACGGAGAGACCAUAUGUCUCGAAGCUCGUUCGUGAUGCCCUGACAAAGAGGGCCAAGGAUUUCAAUAUCUUGCUUGAUGAUGUUGCUAUUGUACCUCAACAGGAAGCGGAGAGAUCCAAGUUUGUUGUGAUGAAGGCAGAGCAAGAGAGACGAGCAGCGAUUAUCAAGGCUGAAGGAGAAAGCGAAGCAGCAAGAUUGGUAAUGUGGUGGAUGCGUGCAAUUGUGUUCCGAGGGGCGCAGCCUUGUUUCUUUUUGGUCCUUUUCUGUCAUGGUGUAUGAAAUUUCAUGGACUUAUUGUCUUUUCUGGAUUUUGUAAUUCUAAGGUUUCAGAAGU